GCAUUCAGCGACGAAUUAUCGCAGAGAAAACAUCACGUGGAGCAUCGAGUCUCAAAUUUUUUAGAACUGGAACUGUAUAUAUUUUUCGGUUGUAAUAUUAGGUGGGACAGCCUUACAACUGUAAUUACAGACAAUUAUAUGUUUUCAAUUUAAAGAAUUAGAAUAUGACAACACCAAAUGGAAAUUCGUUUUGCAUGGAAGAGGAACCUCCAGCUCCAUCUGAGACUCAUCAUGACAUGUUGGGCUUUCGAUCAGAUUGUUCACAGUAUCAUCAUCGACAAAUAUCAAUUAAAGAUACUAAGAAAUUACGUAAGCGGGAAAAUAAAUGGCUAAAGAUGAUUGGUAAAUGGGAUAGAACAAUUGAGCGUCGUUUCCCUUUGAUUCGAAAAAGAUGCCGUAAAGGUAUACCGUUCUCACUACGAGCAAGAGCCUGGCAACAUUUAUGUAAAAGUGAUAAUGAAUCUAUUCGUAUUCGUUUUGGUACUGAAGAAAACUUUGAGAGUUAUAAGGAAGACAAAGAUGCAGCUUAUAAGAUGUAUAAUCACUAUCUCACGGCCAAUACUAAUCCUGAAGUCGUAAUGGAAAUAAAACAAGAUGUUGGACGACAGUUUCCUAAUAAUAAACUGUUCUAUGAAAAUGGCAAGAGCAAUCUAGGCCAAGAAAGUUUGGCAAAUGUCCUCAUCGCUUUUACUAAUGCUCGUCCCAGAACUGGCUAUUGUCAAGGCCAAGGACCAGUUGCUGCUUUCCUUUUAAUGCAUAUGCCAGAGCAUGAGGCAUUUUGGACACUUAUUCGAAUUUGCGACCAAUACAUUUGUGGUUAUUUCGACGAUGGUUUACGAACUCUACGUCUCGACGCAGAAAUCCUUAUGAAUCUCAUUAAAUAUGUACAUCCGAAAGCGUCCAAAAAAAUGAAGGCAAUGGAUGUGAGACCUGCAGAAUUUAUGAUUGAAUGGUUUAUGUGCCUUUUUACUAGAACUUUCCCUUGGCCAACUUGUGAACGUAUUUGGGAUAUGUUCUUUUGCGAAGGCGUUAAAGUUUUGUUUCGAGUUGCUUUAGUACUUAUAAAGGAGUGUUUACCCAAUGAUGUUUUAAAAGCGUGUACCAAUAAAUUCGAUAUUCUCUCCAAACUAAGAUCCCCACCUGCCAAAGUCCUGAAGGAAGAUUAUUUAAUUCAACAGUGUAAGGAAUUACCGGUGAAUGAGUAUCAUAUGGAGAAAGAGCAUAGAAAACAAUUACGUAACAUGCGAGCAUGUGAGGUUAUAUCAGUACCUCAAAAUGGUGAUACAUCAGAAGUAAAUUAA